AUGGGUUCCGAAAACAAGAGCUUGGAGUUUUUGAACGAGAUCGGGUUGAGUUCCUCCAACAUUGGCUCUUACAUUAAUGGGCAAUGGAAAGCCACUGGUUCCUCUGUCACUUCUGUUAACCCUUCUAACAAUCAGACCAUAGCUGAAGUGACUGAAGCUACUUUGCAAGAUUAUGAGGAGGGUUUGCAAGCUUGCAAUGAAGCAACCAAGACAUGGAUGACUAUUCCGGCACCAAAGAGAGGUGAGAUUGUAAGACAGAUUGGUGAAGCUUUGAGGGCCAAAUUGAAUCCUCUGGGUAGGCUUGUGUCUCUUGAGAUGGGAAAAAUUCUUGCAGAAGGAAUUGGGGAAGUUCAGGGACAACCUACUUUAUAUUGUUCUGAUGACAUUUUAUGCCCUGUAGCUGAUCAUGUUGCUAUUCGUCUGGCAAAUGUUAUUAGAAAUGAAAUUAUUGAUAUGUGUGAUUACGCUGUUGGGCUAAGCCGGCAAUUGAAUGGAUCAAUUAUACCAUCAGAACGUCCGGAUCAUAUGAUGUUUGAGGUAUGGAACCCAUUAGGAAUAGUUGGUGUAAUCACUGCAUUCAACUUUCCAUGCGCUGUUCUAGGAUGGAAUGCUUGCAUUGCAUUGGUCUGUGGCAACUCUGUUGUGUGGAAGGGUGCUCCAACAACUCCUUUGAUAACGAUUGCCGUGACAAAGCUAGUAGCUGAAGUUCUUGAGAGGAACAAUUUACCUGGUGCAAUAUUCACCUCUUUCUGUGGAGGUGCGGACAUUGGUCAGGCAAUAGCAAAAGAUACACGCAUUCCCCUGGUUUCAUUUACUGGAAGUACAAAGGUGGGCUUGAUGGUCCAACAAACAGUUAAUCAGAGAUUUGGUAAAUGCUUGCUUGAGUUAAGUGGUAACAAUGCAAUAAUAGUCAUGGAUGAUGCAGACAUUAAACUGGCUGUACGCUCUAUUUUGUUUGCUGCUGUGGGUACUGCUGGUCAGCGGUGUACAACCUGCAGGAGACUGUUUCUGCACGAGAGUAUUUACACCAAUGUACUUGACCAACUUACUGGACUCUACAAGCAAGUCAAAAUUGGGAACCCCUUGGAGAAGGGGACUCUAGUUGGGCCAUUGCAUACUCGUACUUCAGUGGAAAACUUUCAGAAGGGUAUUUCAGUCAUAAAAUCCCAGGGAGGGAAGAUCCUCACAGGUGGAUCUGUAAUAGAGUCAGAAGGAAAUUUUGUACAACCAACAAUUGUUGAGAUUUCUUCAGAUGCUCCUGUAGUUAAAGAAGAAUUGUUUGGUCCAGUACUUUAUGUUAUGAAAUUUCAGACUCUGGAAGAAGCAAUUGCCUUGAACAAUUCCGUACCUCAAGGAUUAAGUAGUUCAAUCUUCACACAAAGGCCUGGAACUAUAUUCAAAUGGAUCGGGCCACGAGGUAGUGAUUGUGGUAUAGUGAAUGCAAACAUACCUACAAAUGGAGCUGAGAUCGGUGGUGCCUUUGGUGGAGAAAAGGCGACUGGUGGUGGUCGUGAAGCAGGAAGUGACUCAUGGAAGCAAUACAUGCGUCGUUCUACAUGUACCAUCAAUUAUGGAAGUGAACUACCAUUAGCUCAGGGAAUCAACUUUGGUUAG